AUGUCCGCCUCCGAUGGUAACAAAAACGACAUACCACCAGAGGAUUUGCUGAAAAGAAUAUCAGAACGCAAUAUUAGGCAUCCAUUUCCUUUUUAUUAUUUACUUCAUUCAGACCAAAUUCCAUGCGAUGAGAUUUUUGACGAAAAGAUCAACUUUCAAUCUGAAGAUUUCCUUUUGAAAAUUCCUGCAUUACAAUUUUUGAUCAAAGGCCAAAUACCAAAACUAAAUCAAGAUAAAUCUCGUGAAGAAUGGCUUAAAAUCUUUCCUCAAGAUAAACUCAACCCACAAUUUUCAAACCCAGAUUCAAACAUCGGUCUACUUUCUUAUGACGAAUUUUUUUCAUUACAUUGUCUUUUGUAUUCUCACAAUUACCAAAUAUGUUUUAUUUUCAUGAAGGAUGAUAAAAUUUACUGUCAAAGUCUAGGUUGCUUAAGCACGAACAACGUUAUUUUUAUUAAUUGCUUCCACCGUAAAAUAAAUUCCAAAGAACAAAAAGAUUUCCAUAUUGAUAUUUAUUCUAUCAAAUACAAACUAAUUUCAAGAUUUCCUACAUCAAAAGAAAUAAUCGAUUUUCCUCCAUUUCAAGAAUGCAAAUUCCAUGUUCUUAAUUACUUACAUUAUAUGUGUGGUAAAGUAAUUGAAACACAAUAUAAAUCCAACGCGCCAUUUGGCUAUAUUUAUCUUCAAGACUGUGCUUAUUUCAAGCACUUUUUCAAAUCACAUUCACUUUUUGCAAAAGAUUCUGAAAAUAUUCUCGAAAAAUUCGGCGGAGCCUUUAAGAAUUUCGGUGUUAAAAAAGAUAAUCGUGAAGUAUUUCAAAAUUUUGCAAAGCCAUUUGAACAAGAGCUUGAUUCAAGUUCAUAUGAAAAGGCAACGAAAUACACAAAAUAUGAUAUAAAUGAAGUCAUUUCAGACAAAAUUCUUGCAAAGAGUGAAAAAAUUUAUGUAUACAAAGUAAAAAAUCCUGGUAAUGUUGAUGAUACAAAAUUAACAAUCAAUAAGAAUGAUAUAGUAAAAGACGGAUAUUUACCUCUCAGCAUGGAGCCAGAUUUUGUAUCUGCUGACAAUAUGUAUUCUCUGUACACAAUUUCCAAAGGAGGAGACAUUUCUUACGUCGUCGGUCCUGCUUUUCCAGAUGAUGAAUUCACAAAUACAUUUUACAGCACGAAAGAAAUAGAAGGAAACAAUCUUAUCAACGAAGAUAUCAUUAAAAAAUUCGAUAAGUAUCAACCAGAAAUAUAUUAUGACGAAUCUGACUAUUAUUAUGACGACUUUGAAGAAGAACAAUAUAAUGAUUAUAAUGAAGAAGAGCAAGAUAAUAAUGAAGAAGAACAAGAUAAUAAUGAAGAAGAGCAAGAUAAUAAUGAAGAAGAACAAGAUGAUAAUGAUCAACCAGAUCAUAAUGAUUCUGAAGAACAAGAAAAAAGCAAGCAACCAGAUAUUAAAAUUACUUUUGAAGUUCGUCAUAGUUGCAUUGCAAAAUUCAAAUAUACUCAUACUUUUUACAAUACAGUUGAUAUGCCACCUCAAUUAAAUUAUCCAUCAAAUGUCUUACUUCAGAUUGAAGAGUACUGCAAAUUUGCUCAUAAUGCAAUCAAAUGCCAUUCAGAUCCUCGACAAAAAGUUCGUUUGUUUGGAUAUUGUAAUGGGGAAAGCGAAUUCUUGGACUCUAUAGACGAAAAAUACCAGACUAAUUUUAGCAAAGUAACAUCUCUUGGUAUAUUUUCUGAAUUCAAAGAUGACAUAUUGAAUAUUUGUGUAAUCGAGCCAAAUAUUGAUAUCAAAUAUUUACAAGAAUCAGUGAAAUCAGUUAAGCAUAUAGAUUCGACUGUUAUCCUUUCACACGGCCAACCUCAAAAUACCACACAAGGAGAAGAAGAAUUCAAUGAUUUCGAAACAAUCGCCAAAAUAUUAGCGAUAUACGUCACUUUGGUUCAGUUCAGAGAUUUUGAUUUCAUGACAAUCAUUGAUCUAACCGGCCUUCGUUACAUCGAAAAUAAAUCACCUGCACUUAAAAUUGAUAAUACUUCACAAAAACGUGAUGAUAAACUAUCUGGAAAUAAGGACAAGCCAUCUGGAAAUAAGGGCAAAUCAUCUGGAAAUAAGAGCCAUUCAUCUGGACAUAAGAGCCAUUCAUCUGGAAAUAAGAGCCAUUCAUCUGGACAUAAGAGCCAUUCAUCUGGAAGUAAGGGCAAAUCAUCCAAACGUAAUUGA